AUGGAGCCGUCGGGCUUGGUGCGCGCUGGGAUCUUCCUGCUGUUCGCGGCUCCGCUCUACGGCCGCGAGCUCGGGUUCGGGGCGAGGGCAUGGCGGGUCCGGCGAGGGGCACACGAGCCAGAGGCAGGAUGCGGCCCGCCAGACGGCGGCUUUGAUUUGGAGGCGCUGGGCAGCAACACACACAAGCAUGUCUUCAAUGAUCUCAGUGGCUCAGUAUCCCUCUCCUGGAUUGGGGACAGCACCGGGGUUAUUCUUGUGUUGACCACAUUUCAGGUACCUCUGGUGAUAAUGAGUUUUGGGCAAUCUAAACUCUACCGAAGUGAAGACUAUGGGAAAACGUUCACAGACAUCACAGAUCUCAUUAACAACACUUUCAUCAGAACAGAGUUUGGAAUGGCUAUUGGACCAGAGAAUUCAGGGAAGGUGAUACUGACCGGAGAUAGAUCUGGCCCAUUUCACACAGGAAGAAUCUUCAGAUCAUCUGAUUUUGCAAAGAACUUUGUACUGACAGAUCUACCUUUCCAUCCCUUGACUCAAAUAGUUUAUCACCCUCAGAAUUCUGAGUUGUUGUUGGUGCUUAGUACUGAAGGCAGCCUCUGGGUAUCCAAGACCUUUGGCGAGAAAUGGAAAGAAAUCCACAAAGAUGUUUGCCUGGCCAAAUGGGGCUCUGGAAUAACCAUCUUCUUCACUACCUAUCUGAAUGGUUCUUGUAAAGCUGAUCUUGGGUUACUCGAACUGAAGAGAACCAAAGACUUUGGGAAGACGUUCAAGACGAUAGGAAACAAAAUCUACUCCUUUGGCCUAGGUGGGCGCUUCCUCUUUGCAUCUGUGAUGACAGAAAAGGGAACUACAAGGCGAAUCCAUGUGUCACUGGAUCAAGGUGAAACCUGGAACAUGGCCCAGCUUCCUUCAGUAGGACAAGAACAGUUUUACUCUAUCUUGGCAGCUAAUGAUGACAUGGUGUUCAUGCAUGUAGAUGAACCUGGAGAUACUGGAUAUGGAACAAUCUACACUUCUGAUGAUCAAGGCAUCAUAUAUUCUAAGUCUCUAGAAAGGCACCUCUACACCACCACUGGAGGAGAGACAGACUUCACCAAUGUGACCUCCUUGCGAGGCAUCUACAUCACUAGCGUGCUCUCAGAGGAUAAUUCAAUUCAAUCGGUGAUUUCCUUUGAUCAAGGAGGGGAAUGGGUGAACUUGAGGAAACCUGAAAAUGCAGAGUGCGACUCAACAGCUAAAAAUAAGGAAAAGUGCAGCCUUCACAUCCAUGCAUCCUACAGCAUCUCCCAGAAGCUGAAUGUACCGAUGGCACCUUUGUCUGAACCUAAUGCUGUUGGAAUUGUCAUUGCUCACGGAAGCGUUGGAGAUGCCAUUUCAAUAACAAACCCAGAUGUUUACAUUUCUGAUGAUGGCGGCUACACUUGGGCACGGAUGCUGAAAGGACCACAUCACUAUGCCAUCUUGGAUUCUGGGGGCAUCAUUGUGGCUGUGGAGCAAACCCAUCAUCCUAUCAAUAUGAUUAAGUUCUCAACAGAUGAAGGCCAGUGCUGGCACAACUACAUUUUCAAUAAGGAACCUAUUACUUUUACUGGCCUGGCAUCAGAACCAGGAGCCAAGUCGAUGAACGUUAGUAUCUGGGGAUUUAGAGAGAGCUUUCUGUCCCGCCAGUGGAUCUCAUAUACCAUUGACUUUAAUGAUCUCCUCAAAAGGGACUGUGAAGAGAAGGACUAUACAAAGUGGUUGGCUCACUCCAAUGACCCCAGUAACCCUGCAGAUGGCUGUAUACUAGGUUACAAGGAGGAAUACCUACGACUCCGUAAGUCAUCUGUCUGUCAGAAUGGCCGUGACUACAUGGUGACCAAGCAACCAUCUGUCUGCAUUUGCACAUUAGAUGACUUCCUUUGCGAUUUUGGCUACUUCCGCCCAGAAAAUCAGUCUGAAUGUGUGGAGCAGCCAGAACUGAAGGGUCAUGAUCUGGAGUUCUGUUUGUAUGGGAAGCGAGAGCGGUUAAAGACCAAAGGAUACCGGAAGAUUCCAGGAGACAAAUGUCUUGGUGGGGAGAACCCCAACCGUGAAGAGACUGAUCUGAAAAAAAAAUGUACAAGCAACUACUUGAGCCCCAGUCAGUUGUCUGCUUCCUCCAACUCCACUCCAGUCAUCCUGGCUGUUAUAGGCUUGAUGCUCAUCACUGCUGUAGCUGGAGUAGUCAUCAUUAAGAAAUACGUUUGUGGGGGAAGGUUUCUGGUUCACCGAUAUUCCGUCCUACAACAGCAUGCGGAAGCUAAUGGCUUUGAAGGACUUGAAACACCAGGGGCCAGCAAAACUGGUUACCAUGAUGAUUCUGAUGAGGACCUCCUGGAGUAAUAUUGCAGAUCUUACUAGAAUUGGAUACAUAUGGGUUUGGAUGCUGCUACGAAAAGGCAUGAAUGCCGACAGUCCAUUUUAUUCCCAACUUUGAUGCCUUCCCCAUAUCCAAGGGAUUCUGUGUUUCUAUUGCUUCCAUCAAACUAUCUUAAACCAGCAAGACUGCAAGAACUGCAUUGGGGGCGGGGGCGGUAAGGUGUGGGGAGAAGACACUGCAGCUCUGAAUAAGGAAGAAGGGAAAGCUUCUUUUUAAAAAUGUAACAUUAUUUUAAUCAGAUUUCUUUCCUGCUCUUAAAGGAGAACUAAAUAGGAAAGUGGAAGCAACAUUUCACUAAAAUAUUAGCAUUACUAGGUACAAUAUAUUUUGCUGCUGGAAGAAUGGCCCAAAUUCCCAGGUAGGGGACAUGUUUGACUCAACACUGUGAUGAUACUGCUUUGAAGCUCCUGCAGCGUGACCAGCACUUUUCCUAGCAAGCAGAGCAGUGAGAUGCUGGGGCAGGAACUCUGAGAACUAACCAGCAUCCCAAAGGGCUUUGUCCUGAAACGGGGCUGUUUUUUUGUUUUUAACUAAAGUGUAAUCAACUGCAUAGAUGUGUGUUGUGCAAAGCAGAGAUAAUUUCAAGUCUCGGAGCAACACUGUGGCUGGGCUCUACAAUUGCAAGGAACUUAACUGUGAAAUCAGCGUGUGUGCUGCCAUAAAUCUUUUUUAAAAAAGAAAAAAAAUAUCUGGGUGGGAAGAGGAUAAUUUUAUAAACAGUAGGAUUAAGCAGCACAAAUCUCUUAAAAAUAAGACUUGUUUAGAAUGUUAUGAUCUCUUGAAGUAACAGAAAUUAGGUGCUUUCGAUCGGGUUCUUGAAGGAAAGUUUCGUUAAGCAACAUGAUGUGGUUCAAUGUUCUGUUUUUUGCUAUGCACCCAUUUUCUUGAAAGCAAUAGAUUAGUGGUUGCAGCCCAUGCUCCACUUUUUGUGCAUUUAUCAACCCUCACUUACCUGUACAGUUAGACUGCUACAUUGCCCAUAUGAAGUCAUACUCUGCUUUCCAAUAAUACUUAGUUCACAGAAUUGUGAAGUGAAUCUUCACAAAGUUAUUUAAAAAAUAUCUUAAUUCUGUAGCUUAAAGCUGGUCUGUUCGGAUGCCAAUUGUCAAUAGAAGAAUUCCAAUCUAACAUCUGUUGGAGUAGGAACAGAGGGCUUCUUGCUGAACAGAAGCCAUGGAAACACAAAAUAGGAAAUCAUCUGUGGCAUAGCUGGUGUUUGAUUUCCAUUGCCAUUAAGGGGCUGAGGUGUUUGAAGAGGCAUGAAUGAACUGAAUGACCUUCCUAACACUCAUUUUGUUAUGUGGAUCAGUGUAGGCUCCCGGUGGUACUUCUUAACCUUUACAUUAGGCUUUGGUUCUGAUCCAAUACAGGGGAGUGCAAGUCACAUUUUAUUAAGACAAAAGCAUUCAUAUAAUGUUAGCUGCACAAAGGAGGAAUUUUCAUGGGCAUACCUGCUCAUGGGAAUAUACUUUUAGUUAUUGGAAGCCUUGCUUUCCUUUCAUUGAGGACCACAUCUGCUAGAAGGUGUGGUGGUAUUGAUGAAUGAGCUCUGCUUGUUUUAGAAUUGAGCUUUUUCAAAAGAAAAUAAAAAAAAAGUUUGGUUCCCAUGGUACUCCCAAUGAUGUCAUCAGGAGCAUGACUGGAUCUGAUCACCUGACACUCUCACCCCUACAAAUCUCCCCAAUAUCACUGCAAGCUCCUGCACUCGGCCCCACCCUACUUUCCUUCUCCCCAGCUUACCUAAGAGUGGGUCGUGCAAGCAGGGAGUUCUCACCGGAGGCUUCACUGCGAGGCCUCCCUCCCUCCCUCCCUAUUACCUAGCAUACUGCCAUAGCAGGCAUCUCAGGCACAAGGAGUCCUGGGAUCUGCAGUAUAUUUCCCAAAAUCUUUGCUGUAUGGGAUGCUGCCAUUUUAGCAUUGCGGAUGGUAGGGCGGGAAGUGCAGAGGGGUGGAUUGUUAGCUGAGCUCACUGAGAAGUGAGCUUGCUCUGUAAUGGAGGUGAGCAUUACAAGAUGGACAAGUUUUUUUUAUUCUGAUCCAGGUAGUUGCAAGUUUUGGCAACAUCACUAGUUAUAAGAUCUGUUCUGAUUUAACAUUCAUACUCCUGCUGGCAAAAGUCUAGGUUAGUGUUCUGAUUUGGUGAGUUGUUAAUAUUUCUCUCAUUAUCGUUCACCAUGUCAUGCAGCCAGUAUGUUCAAUGAGAGUGAGGUAUGUGUUUAAAAUCUAUUUGAGGUAUGUGGUUAGCAUUUCACUGGUGACUAGUAUCAAAUGAAGUAGGGUAUGUUAGAUAUUCAAAAGUUAUUGAGUAUUUCCAAGUAGUUAAGAGGUAAAGUCACAGAGUUUUCCACCUUUGGUAGUAGUAAUACAAGAUUAAGAAUCUUGGAAGCAAGUUCCUGUCCUGGAUUUGUUUUUCUCUCAGUUUUUUUUUUACUUUGUUGUGCUUUUUGAUAAUGCCUUUGCUUCCUCCCUUGCACCCCUGCAUAAUUUGAUUGAAUCCCUGUUUUUCCAGUCACCUGGGCCAGAUCUACAUAUGGCACUUGGAAAACAUUUUGAAAACUGUAUCUGGGGUAUGUCCUGGGCCCCAACAGUUGUCCUACUGUUAUAAACCGUUUUAAAGCAGUAGUGUAGAUCCUGCCCUUGUAUACAUUUUUUGUUGUUGUCCCUUAUUGAAGAAAGGUGCACCAACAAAUGGUGGGAAGGAAUGUCUAUCCUCAAAAGAAUCUUACUCCACUUAAAAUGAUUCUUCUGAUUCUUUUUCACUUAUAGGGCAGUAUGUUUGUUAAAUUCAUAGUACCUUGAACUGAACAGGGCUAAAUAAUCCUGUGUCUCACAGAGGUGCUCCAAAACUGUUCUUUUUUUUCUUUUUCUCUCCCCCCCUUUUUUAAAAAACUUUUUUUGUGUACAGCUCUCUCCAGUACAGAACCAAAUUUAAAUUGCUCUGCUAUGCAUGUGAUUACUAAAACUCCAUGUACUGGACUGGGAAUGUAAGAGAACUUAUAAUGGAGCUGGAGAAGACCUUAACCAAUACGAUGUGAAUAUAACAAUCUGACUGCUGACUCUUCCCAUUUUAUGUCCAACUUUCACAUAUAUUAAAGCAUCUCUAGAAGGCAGGCAGGAGAAGAAUGUUUAUCAUAGGUACCUAUUGAAAUACAUUGGCUGAUACAGUAAGAACAUUCCCAGUAACUUGAAACCUCCCCAGUAAAUGAACCAGGGGCUAGUUGCCAACACAUACUUGUUGCCCUAGGCAACAGUAGCCUCCAUAGUGGUGAAUACAUAGAUAACAUUACAUCUUUCUCACUGCUGCCCAAGCAACAAAGCAGCCAUAGGGAUGUUGCCAUUGCAUGCGCUUUGUCUUCCCGACAUGUCUAAGGCAGACCAGAUUUUUAAAAAGACUCCAUAACAUGCAUAAUGGCUGUAGAAUACUACGUAACAAAAAGCCAUAGCUGAUACACUUCUCUACGCAGAAUUUCUUAAGAUGUACUGUCUGAGGUAAGGUGCAGAAGGAAAAGGAAGGAGCUAUGUAUAGAGUCUGUAAAUAAGCCUGGCUAUAUUAUAAAUUUGUACUGGUAUUUUUCUGUAUAUUUGCAAUAUUGGGGUUAGAAAUAAAAAAAAUGGAAUUUUAUUGGA